AUGGGAGUCUGGGCUGAACAGGAAGGGGAGCAACCCCAGGGGUCAUCUGUUCCCUCCUCACCUGGCUCCGCCUCCACACACUGUCAGAUUUUAAAGGCAGGAGAAGAAGGUGAUCAGGGAAUAAACAUUCUCUGUGCUCUUUCCCCACGUGUUGUGUUGCUGACAGAGCUGCAGGUUCUCCAUGUUGACUUCUUGAAGCAGGAUAAUGCCGUUUCUCACCACACGAGGGAGUUCCAAAUGAGCAGUCCUGUGUUCCGGCGAGGGCAGGUGUUUCACCUGCGGCUGGCACUGAACCAUCCCUUACAAUUCUACCACGAACUGAAACUGCAAUUCAGCACAGGGCUGAAUCCUAGUAUCGCCAGACACACCCUGGUGGAGCUCGAUCUGAGGAAGCCCUCAGACCACUACAACUGGCAGGCAUCCCUUCACGAUGAGUCUGGCAAAGAGGUCACAGUGGCUGUCACCAGUACCCCAAAUGCCAUUGUGGGGCAUUACCAACUACAUGUGAAAACUGGAAGCCACAUCCUUAAGUCUGAAGAAAACAUCCUAUACCUUCUCUUCAGCCCAUGGUGUAAAGAGGACACGGUUUUCAUGCCUGAUGAGGACGAGCAUAAAGAGUACAUCCUCGACGACACGGGCGGCCAUUACAUGGGGGUUGCCAGAAGUAUCAAAUACAGACCCUGGAACUUUGGUUAGUUUGAGAAAAAUGUCGUGGACUGCUGCAUCUCCCUGCUGAGUGAGGCCUCCCUCAAGCCCACAGAUAGGAGGGAUCCCGUGUUGGUGUGCAGGGCCAUGUGUGCUAUGAUGAGUGUUGAGAAAGGCAAAGGCGUGCUCCUUGGAAACUGGUCUGGGGACUACCCAUACCGGUGUACAGGCAGCACCCCGAUCUUGCAGCAGUACUACAACAUGAAGCAGGCUGUGUGCUUCGGCCAGUGCUGGGUAUUCGCUGGGGUCCUGACUACAAUGUUGAGAGCAUUGGGCAUCCCAGCACGCAGCAUGACAGCCUUCAAUUCCGCUCACGACACAGAAAAGAACGUCACAGUGGAUACAUAUGUGAAUGAGAAGGGCGAGAAACUCACCAACAUGUCAUACGACUCUGUCUGAAAUUUCCACAUGUGGACGGAUGCCUGGAUGAAGCAACCAGAUCUGCCCAAGGGUUACAACAGCUGGCAGGUUGUGGACGGCACGCCUCAGGAGCGCAGCCAGGGUGUCUUCUGCUGUGGGCCAUCGCCACUGGCUGCCAUCCGCAAAGGUGACAUCUUUAUCGUCUAUGACACCAGAUUCGUCUUCUAAGAAGUGAAUGGUGACAGGCUCAUCUGGUUGGUGAAGACGGUGAAUGGGCAGGAAUCGUUACACUUAAUAUCAGUGGAGACCGCAAGCAUCGGGAAAAACAUCAGCACCAAGGCAGUGGGCCAAGACAAGCGGAGAGAUAUCACCUACGAGUACAAGUACCCAGAAGGCUCCCCUGAGGAGAGGCAGGUCAUGGAUCAUGCCUUCCGACUUCUCAGUUCUGAGAGGGAGCACAGACGACCUGUAAAAGAGAACUUUCUUCACAUGUCGGUACAGUCAGAAGAUGUGCUGCUGGGAAACCCUGUUAAUUUCCCUGUGAUUCUCGAAAGGAAGACUGCUGCCCUACAGAAUGUCAACAUCUCGGGCUCCUUCGAACUACAGUUGUACACUGGCAAGAGGGUGGCAAAACUGUGUACCCUCAAGAAGACCUCGCAGAUCCAAGGUCAAGUAUCAGAAGUGACUCUGACCUUGGACUCCAAGACCUACAUCAACAGCCUGGCUAUAUUCGAUGAUGAGCCAGUUAUCAGAGGUUUCUUCAUUGCGGAAAUUGUGGAGUCUAAGGAAAUCAUGGCCUCCGAAGUAUUCCUGUCUUUCCAGUACCCUGAGUUCUCUAUAGAGUUGCCUAACACAGGCAGAAUUGGCCAGCUACUCGUCUGCAACUGUGUCUUCAGGAAUAUCCUGGCCAUCCCUUUGACUGACGUCAAGUUCUCUUUGGAAAGCCUGGGCAUCUCCUCACCACAGACCUCUGACCAUGGGACGGUGCAGCCUGGUGAGACCAUCGAAUACCAAAUAAAACGCACCCCGAUGAAAACUGGACCCAAAAAAUUCAUCGUCAAGUUUAGUUCCAAACAAGUGAAAGAGAUUAAUGCUCAGAAGAUUGUUCUCAUCACCAAGUAGCCUUCUCUGAUGCUGUGGAGCCUUAGUUGAGCAUUUCAGCAUUUCCUACUUGUGCUUAGCUUUCAGAUUAUGGAUGAUUAAAUUUGAUGACUUAUAUGAGGACAGAUUCAAGAGCCAGUAGGUCAAAGAUAAGGCCAACACAACCAUAAGCAGCCAGACCCACAAGGCCAGGUCACCUCUUUUAUAGCUAGAAACACCCAGCCUAGGCCACAGAAUCCCAUCCCUUUCCUGAGUUAUGGCCUCAAAAAUCAGGGCCACUGUUCUAUCAAUUCAAAUCCAUAGACUUCAAAGCUACAGAUUCUCUCCCCGGAGCAGCAGGCUGUGGGCAGCCUAGCGCUGCCACCCGUUGGUGCCCCUCGAGAAGCCGCCAUAUCUUCAGGCCAUGGGUUUGCUAGCCCUGAAGGCACCUGCCAACUGGAGUACUGUCCCAGCACUGGGCUGGGCCUGCUAGAAGCGCAUUCUCCUCCUUUCUGUUGCCUCCAUUCUCCUUUAUGCCUGAAAUCCAGGGAAUCCCUCUCCUGGUGCUCCAAGCAGUUUGACACCUAAUGUGCAAGGACAUUUCUCAAGGCCACAUGGUUUUGCAGACAACCCAGAAACACCUUUGUCCUCAGGCCUGAACUCACCAUAGACACCCAGGUCAGCAAAUGGUGACCAGCAAAGCCUCUUCCCUUAUUCCAACUGUCGCCCCCUAGGAGACUCCAGGUGUGGGCAUUGUUUCCUCCCUGGUGUGAACUCCCUGGUGUUCCAUCCACCAUCCUGGCAGCCCAGGGCUGCUUCUGUUAACUGAAGCCUGCUCCUCCUUGUUCUGCCCUCCAGCGAUUUGUUCAAAUGAUCAAUGUGCUUUCAAUUAAACUUUGAUUACUUCAA